ACUCCUUGUCAAGACGGCAGACGGAAUAAACAAACAAAUAAAUAAAAAAUUAAACGCGCUUUGUUUCUUACACCCAACAAUGCCAUGACCCAAAAAAUGGAAAAUAUUUUGAUCUCUUACUAUUUUGUCUUCAUGUCCAAAUCUAAUUUUAAAAAUUUCUUACAGCUUUUUAAAUUUUAGAUAUCUCUCUCCUCCAAAAUCAAAUCGAAAGAAAAAAAUCCCACAAAAUAUGGCAAAUAACAAUGGCAGCAACAACGACGACCGCGAGGAAUCGAGUCCUCUUCUGAGCAAACAAGUGGUUGAAGAAGAUGAGAAGGAGCAACUAAACGGUAAAAAAUCUAAGGAAGCUACCGCCGAGGUGGCAGCUUUGCCGGGAGUUACUACCGGGGUUGGAUUUGGGUGGACGGCUGAUGGGCUGCCGUUGGUCAACGGGAGUGUUGUUGGAGAACGCAUGGGCCGGUCCCAGUGGGAUUCCUCCCUCCUUGCUUGUCUUGGUCGUAACGAUGAGUUUUGCAGCAGCGACAUUGAAGUUUGUCUACUUGGAAGCGUGGUCCCUUGUGUGCUGUAUGGAAGCAAUGUUGAAAGAUUUGGACCUUCUCCUGGGACCUUUCUAGAUCCCUGCUUGUCUUACUUUGGUCUGUACCUGCUUGGAAAUUCCUUUUUUGGCUCGAAUUGUCUUGCACCAUGCUUUUCAUACCCUACUCGUACUGCCAUUCGGCAAAAGUUUAAUCUGGAGGGCACUUGUGAAGCACUUCACAGGUCAUGUGGAUGCUGUGGGAGCUGUGUGGAAGAUGAGCCGCAACGUGAACAGUGUGAGUCAGCCUGUGACUUUGUAACACAUUUUUGCUGCCAUGCAUGUGCUCUUUGCCAGGAAGGCCGUGAGCUCCGUCGAAGGUUGCCUCAUCCAGGGUUCAAUCCUCAGCCCGUCCUGGUCAUGACCCCUCCUGGGGAGCAGACCAUGGGCCGCGGGGCCUGAGUGCAUUUACUUCCCAUGUCCUGCCUUAUAAUGAAAGAAAUAUAGUACCUAGUUCGUCCACAUUUUCAUCAGUGUGAUGUCAUGUUAUAAAAAUAAUGCAAAAAAGGUUUUUAUCUACAUUGUCUAAACGACCCUUAGAGGAUGAUUGGUUGGCUAGGCCAGACCAAAUAACAUAUUGAUGGAUAUAUGGGUUUCACCUAUUUGAUGUGUAUAAUAUGUCAUGUGUUACUCUUUUUUCAAAAUAAGUUGGGUGUGAUGUAAACGUUUCAGUAUAGUUUUUGCUGUCUCGUUUCACAUCCUCCAGUUCUUGAAUAAGCGCCUUUUGGAUUUAUAGGAUUGAAUUAGAUAGGAUGGAUGAUUACUAUAUCACUUCAUCUCUGGCUUUCCUUCAUUUGAUCCAAGGGCAGUGCUAGUUAAAAAGUGCCCCACAGCACCUCCUAGUGUGGCUCAAAUUAUACAUUCCAAUUAACAAUGGGAAAGUCCAAUAGCAUGGUUAAAGUACUUGAAGGAGGUUCUGAUGCUUUGUUAUCAGAUAAAAAAACAUUCUUUUCAUCACAGCAUGCAAUGAAUUCAAUGUUUGAAAACCAACAUAUGGAGUAAAUUUCACGGGAAAUCACUCAACUUUGAUCCAAAUCUCAUUUAAAUCAUUAAACUUUAAUUUGUUCCGUUAACAUCACUCAAGUUUGAUAAAUGUAUCAAAUGUGGUUACUUGAUAGAUUCCAUUCAAAUUAUUAUGAAAAAAUGACGUAGUUUUCACCUCAAAUGCCAU